AUGCCACCGCGCAAUUGCAACACCGCCACCGGCUGCCGCACGACUACCAAUAUGGAAUGCAUAUCACCGAAUGCAGAAAGUGACCAAAGUAGAAGCCAAAGUGCAGAAAAUUUGAAAAACAACUUUAACAAUCAAAGUAGUUCUGAGGCCACUAGCAGUGGAAUGGGGACAAUUAAUUAUUUGACUGAGUCACUGAUAAGUCAACACAACGAAAAAAUGAAAAAUAUGUUUGUUCAAAAUCACGCAGAAGUCACAUUGAAUAUAAAAAAUAACAACAAACGAAACGAAUCGAGAAUGAUAACUACAAACGAGAAAAUUGCAGAUCCCAUCUUUCCUCGGGCUCAAGGGGUCAAAAGAUGCAGAAACAGCAGUAAAGAAAGUGUGCACGAAAAGGUGCCAAAGAAGAAGUUUCACGGGAUGCAUACCAAUGUGGUGAUUUUAAACAAUACAGAGAAUAAUUUAAUGAAACUUAAUGUUAAUAAUACAUCCACAAUCCAAAAUGAUACAAACACAAAUACGAAUACAAAUACAAAUAACUGCCAAACUCCUUUAGUUAACACACCUGAUUCACUGCCUACACAAAUAAACACGAAAUUUCAAGCAACGCCUGCGAGUUAUUAUAACUAUUUUGGUAUAUUUCAAGCACAAAAUCCAUCCUGCAUAAGAGAUAAAGAUAGUGCAAUACUCCCAGUAGCAUCUGAAAAUAUGAUGCAACAGAAUCUGCACCAUAUGACAGAGACUUCAACAAAAAUAGGGAGUCAACAAUGGAGCGAUGUUAGUGAAGAUAUUUCAAGUACUUCCAGUUUUUAUAGUAGCUUCCUUAGUAAAAGUUGUGAUGGAACAUCUAGCUCUGAAUCGAAGAGAUCCAAUCAAGAGGUAAAAAUUUAA